GUGAAGGCAGUGUCGUCACAGCUGUCAACAAAUGUAAUGUUCCCACACAGUCUCCGCGUCGCAUACACCCAUCCACCCAUCCGCACAUGGACACACACACACGCCCACGCCCACGCCCAUACACACACGCACACAGACCAUUAUUUUCAUUUAAGGCUGCUUGAUCUUCACGUUCCUGCACAGGUUCACCGCCUCACACGGCUGUAAACAGACCCUCACACAGACGAAGAGGGAGAGAAAGUGAGUGCAUUGCUGCAUUCAUUGUCACCCGCCAGACCUUGUCGAAGAGGUGGAACAGAUUUGCAUGGUGGUACUUGACGCACACGUAGUCGCAAUCUGUAUGUGUGUAUCCAAUCCACCACACACAGGGUCACAGACACGUAUCCUCUCUUUCUCUCCCUGUGUGUGUGUAUGGGGACCUCUGGGGGCGAAUGAGGGGCUGUCCUCGUUGAGACACGUGCCAGCCGCCUGCACACACAACACCAGAAAGAGAGAGAGGGGUCGGUGGCGCGGGGUGUGCCACAGUGCAUACGGGCUUCUGAUCGGCGUUUCUCUGGCAGUAGCAGCACCGGAGCUUAACCGACUGCAGGUGCACCCAUCAAUCAAACACCCGGAUGACAGCACUUUCAUCGGUGUGUCCAUGCAAAAUGGAUACCGGCGCGCGUGUGGUGGGCGAGAAGUCGGUCUGCGUCGCCUGCAGUGCAGUGCAGUGCAGUGCGCGCCACACACACACAUAUGCACGCAAGACCACGAUGCAAUGCAGCCCACACAGGCAUGCCCUUACCUCAUCUCGUGUCCCCUUCUGCACACAGAAAGACAGAGAGACAGACAGAGAGAGACGCCCAUAUGGAUGGAUGGAUGGAUGGAUGGACAUAUAGACACACACACGGGGACGUACUUGGUUCUCGUCAUGCACGCCGAACUGGCCCGUCGCUUCGGUGUGGUGCCGCCCGUGCACCGACCUUUGCUGCAAGUCACCCUCCUGCACACAAAGAUCAGACAGACAGACAUGCAUGAGAGCCACAUGGCGGAUGAGUGUGUGUGCAUAUGCUCACGGAUGUGUGAAGUGUUGCGUUGUACAGCCGGUGCCUGGGUGGUGGACGCCCAUGCACAUCGCCUACACACACGCGCGCAUCCAUCCAUCUGUCUGUGUGUGUGCGCCUGAUGAGUGUGUGUCUGCAUAAUGCGCACCCAGGUGCUCUUGCUUCGGCGAUUUGGCCCGCCGAUCGAGCUCGCCCCCUUCCUGUGUCCAUCCAUCCAUCCCAUGUCCGUAUGUGCGUCGAUGAGUGAGUGCGGCGGUCGGCCGUUCGUUGCGUACCGUCACUUUAGGGGCGGGCUGCUGGAUCGGCUUCCCUUGUUCUUGUUGUUCUGUCUGCGUUGCUGCCGCUGCCUGCACACGGGACAAUUGGAUUGGUAUAGACUCACCACUCGGAAAAUGAUGCAGCAGCGCAAUGCCUACCAUCUCGGGGUCCUUUGCUGUGAUAUCGUCUCCCGUCUGUGUGUGCUUGGUCUCCUGCACACACACCACACCCCCAAGCACACACACUGUCUUCUGUGUGUCUGUGAGUGAGUGAGUGAGUGAGUGGAUACGUCUUAUCCACGUACCGCCUGUUUCGCGCUUGGCUUGGGUGCCUGGGGUGGCUCGUUUCCGCCUUCUUCGUCUUCUGUCUGGGUGGAUGUCGAUACCUGCGUUGCAUACGCACACACACACACACAUGUUGCGCAUCAGUGGUUUGGAGUGCUUGUACCCUCGGACGCACCUUUUUCUUCUUCUGCAUACACAGCACGGCAAACACACCGGUCCAUAGCGACCCCGCCCAAUGGAGGGGUGUUAUGGAUCAGGCCGCAGUGAGUGCACAUCUCUCCCUGACUCCCCUCUCUCUCUCUCUCUCUCUGUGUGUGUGUGUGUGUGUGUGUAGGUGUGCAUACCUUGCCGAUUGAAAUCCACUCAGAGGGGGCCUCUGUUGUCUCCCCUUCCUCCUCCCCUCCCGCCUCCCCUCCCGCCUCCCCUGUCUCUUUCCCUUGGUCGUUUCCCUUGUACGCAGGGGGCGAACUGCACUCAUCGGCACAUCACAUGCCAGCACAUGAACACAAUCACGUUGGUGAGGUGAGUGCUGGUUGAUCACGGUGGCCAUCCAUCUACACACACACACUCGCUAACCUGCGCACGCACAUUGGGGCAACCUGCCCUUGUGUGGACACCUGUGCGCCUGAUGUGCGUGAAUCGAGGGAUGAGAAUGCACCAUGCAGGCAGCGCGGCACGUACCGACAUAUGCGCCGCAGAAGGCGUAGCACGUGUCUGCCGGACAGAGGCCGCUGUACAUUGCACCUGACAGACAGACAGACGCACACACAUGAUUGCGAUAUCUGCUCAUCUACUCGUGUGUGUGUGGUGUGUGGUGUGUACCAGCUGUUGGCUCUUUGGUCGCUGCGUAGGCGCACAUGUCGCCUGAUGGGCUGUGACAGCAGGCAGGCAGGCAAUAGUGUUUGUGCCUGGGUGUGUGUAUGUGUGUGUGUGUGUCUGCGCACCUCCUGCCCCCGCUGCUUUCUGUCUUGAUCUCAUUAUCGGCUGUGAGCAGAGACAUUCAGACGCACAGACGUGUGUGGCUGUGCUGUGUGUGGAUGGACAACACCUCAGGGCUUGCCCACCGGCAGAGAGCUUGGCUGUUCCCUCUCCAUCCUUCUGCACACACACACACACACACUCAUUGAGAAAGAGAGGGAGAGAGAGAGAGAGAGACAGACAGAAGUAAGGGCAGACAGACACCUUGUAGAGCACACAUUGGCCCUUCGUAUACGCAAGACAGCACUUUUCCCUGUCGGCCGGAGAUACUGCACACACCGUCACACACACACACACACACGUAGAGAUUCUCACACACACACACACACGCACCCACAUAGCAGUGUACCUGAUGUGCAAACAUAGGUCUUCACCAGGCCGUCUGUGUGCUCUUUGCACUGGCAGGCCUCCCCUGCACACGCCGCGACACAUCUGCACACACACACACACACAGAGAGAGAGAGAGAGACACCCAGAUGCGCGUGUGCGUGUGUGUAGGGUGGGAGAGAGUACUUGUUGAGGUCGAAGAAGCUCUUCCCCGUCUGAGUGUGUAUGCGGUUGUGGGCCAUACGCAUCAUAUCAUAUGGAGAGAACCGUCCGUAUACACACAUGCAUCAGUGUCAGCCAGUCCCAGACUGACCCACCUCCGGCGAGCUGCACUGAGGCCCGUCAACCGUGGCUGUGCGACGCAUAUACACAUACACACAACAGACAGAGGACAGCGACAGACAUGCACAAGGCCAUACUGAUGCCUGCUGCCGGAGAGCAUGCGGUGUGCGUCUACCUACCGGCAUGGAGGGAGGUGCGCUGCAGAAGCUGCUGCUCGUCCAAGUCCCCCACCACUGCAUCCAGUCAGUGCAGAACAUCGAAACGUCAGACCUAGUGUAUGUCUGUGCGCAUACCGUCUUUCUUGAGCAGCACAUUCCCAGAGACCAACUGGCUCAGUGCCAAAAGCAGAGCGUACGCCCCAACCUGGCGCCCCCUGCACACACACAUGAUCAACGAUGUCAUUUUUUGUCAAAUGCGUCCGGCACGUGUCGGGAUGGUCUCUUGGCGACCUCGUCAUUGCAGAGCGGCCCCGCAGAGGCUUCUCAGGACAACACUGCAAAAAGAGGCACGUACGUCACAUGCAGAAGCCAUCACUCAACGAAUUGAAUGAGACAAUGCCGUCUUUCUCAUUUGGUUAUGGAUGUGAUUUGCCGAGCUCACCUUGCUCUCCAGAUGCGUAUCGAUUUGGAGCCUGCGGAUGAGAAUCAGGAAGUGCAAGCUGCCAUGCAUGAGAUUGGGGGCUAUUUGGAACGCCCUCAGUCUCAGACUGCGAAUGAUUUCGG